AUGGCGCGAACCACGAGAAGCCGCAAAGCCGAAGCUCCUUCUGCACAGCCCAUCAGCAGCUUCACUCGCGUCUCCAAGAGCCAAGCUUUCCCUGAAGCAACCAAAAAGGCCGUCGUCUCCAGCGCUGAACCGACGAGGAAGAGGAAAGCUGCAGUCGACAAUGCCGAGAGCAACCACCCCCGAGCCACCAGAAGGACCGUCUCGUUCGCCCCAAGCAGCGACGAGGAGCCGCAAGCAGCACCAUCGAAGCGUGCCUGUCGAAGAGACUCGACAAUCGAUGAUGCCGUGACGGUAACAAUCGCAGUGGCGCCUCCAGCUGCAAAGCCUGCGUCAAAGGCCCCGGUCAAGGGGAAAAAAGUUGCAAAGUCAACGCCUUCGCGAGCUGCCGCUGCCCACAAGCCCAGCGAGUCGACCAUCAUCGCAAAGUCGAAGCAGGACGGCAAGGCCAAGACUGUGCAGACAAAGCUCGACGCCUUCCGCCUGGCCGGCCAGAAAAAGACUCCAGCUCAAGGCAUUGAGGCCGAGUUUGGCCCCGAGCUCGUCGACCUGAUCUGUCUGCACAAGGCGUUUCUUAAAACCGUCACCCUCCAAAUUGCGCACAACGGAACCAUUGUACCAAUCGAUAUCUCGUCCAUUGCGCCACACAUCACCCGUACCUGGGGCAAGCGACAGGUCACAGUCGACGACAUCCGAAGAUGCGUUGCCAUCCAGACAUCCACCCGGGAUUCCAAUGUCGUCUCUCCCUUUAUUGUGUCCGACUAUGGCCGUGGCAAGAUUUGUAUAGAGCUACACCCUGACCAUGACAAUGGUUCAGUGGCCAUCAACGAAGAGAGGCUCUGCAGACAAUUUGAGGAGAACCUUCGAACUCUUUGCGCGAACCGAGCCCAUGAGGACAUGGCCGAUGUGGACGUGCCUCUCGCCAGCCUAUCUCUGGACGAGCUUCCCCGUGCUGAAAUCAAAAACAUGGACCAUGGUAUCAAGGCCAACCCCAUCCUGGCCAAGGGACACGAUGCUCUCUCUGCACUCAAGGGAGGGAUGCUUGCGAAACAGCAAGAUAAGGAAAUCAAGCAGCAGGCUACUGCCGCAAUGCUAAACCCCGACGGCUCCAAGAUGAGCCUUUUGGAUCGUCUACGACUCAAGCAGCUCGCCAAGGCCAACGAACCUCUUCCCCCAACAGGACCCGAGCUUCAGCGCCGAGCUGCUUUGAACCGAGUCAUUGACGUAGCUGCUACUAUUUCCAUGCUCAGCUUGUCGACUCCUGCGUCUCUACCAAGGCAAGCCUUUACGAUGGGACUCGUUUCGGACAAGCUCAAGGACUCCCUGCGGGUUCCUGUUUCAAAGGAGGAGGGAAUGAUUUGUGUGCGGUUGAUUGCCACCGAGAUUGCACCCGAGUGGCUCAAGGUUGUUACCAUUGGCGGCAGGGAGAACGUUGUCAUUCAGAGGGCCUCCCAGCCUGUUGAUCGAGUCAUCGAGGAGCGAGUACAGAAGCUGCUGGCAUGA